CGGCCGUCAGCCGGCGAGCCCCAGACGCAGACGCCCAGAGACCGCUCAGCAGGGAAGAUGCCGAGACCCCCGGGUAGCAUGUCGUUUGCAAACGACGGGAGAUCGAAGUCAGGGGACCUUCGUGAAAGAAGCCCGAGGGGAAACCCCUCCCCUCUAGGGGACCGAGAGCGACCGCCGCCGUCUCCUCAGACGCCGCGAGCGAGGAGAGGAACGAAGCCCGGCAGUGUUGAGAGCAAACUGACCUUCCUAGAGCUGCGUGCCCACAAAAUUACUCUCCAUCGGUGCAGGGAGACGGAGCCUCCGUCAGCCAAGCAAAAGGUGAGGGCCUUGGUGGCCCGUAAACCUGCCAGCUCGGUCCGUUCGGGGCGCUGUGCCGAAAUGCCCCAGGCGGGGUGGCGUGUGAGAGUCAGCGUUGGUUUCUCCCAGCGCUGGAAGCUGGGCAGCCCGGGUCAAGGCGCCAGCCUGGGCGAGUUCUGCGGUGAGGACCCUCUUCCCGGUGCGGAGUCAGCCCUUCUUGUUGCGUCCUCACGUGCGGGGAGGAGCUGGGGGUCUCUGAGGCUCUUCCUAAGGGCACUGGUCCCGUUCACGCGGGCCCCAACCUGGUGCCCUGAGCACCUCCCAAAGGCCCGGCUCCAACACUAUCAUCUUCAGGGGUUAGGAUUUCAACAUGAAUUUGCGGGGACACAAACGUUCAGACCAUAGCGCCUGCCUUCCAAGAAAUGUAACAGCACUUCUUUAGAGACAAGGAGAAUGAUCUUGGUCAGAUACUCGGAUCUAGAUAAAGAAAGAAGAGCGUUGAAGAAGGAAUAAGCGAAGGAAAAAUAAAAAGUGUUUUUUUUUUUUCUUAUUCUGAAUUGAUUGACAGAGAACCAUUUGUUCAAAAUAGUAAUACCAACAAUAUAUUCUAUCUGCGUAUCUUAUUUGUAUGUGUGUAUAUAUAUAUGCUUAUUAUGCUUCUAUAUAAGUGGAACCAAUGACCUCAAUGAUAGAAAAGACUGGAGGGAAAAAGUGGGCUUGUUUUGUUAGUAGAAGGUACUCACACUACCUGGGAAGUGGUGUAGUGUUAUUUGAAAGUGGACUUGGAUUAGUUGUCAAUGUUGAUUGCAAACUCUAGUGCAAUGACUUGAAAAGUAAGAAAUAAAAAAAAAAAAAAUAAGUAUAACUGAUAUGCUAAGAAAGGAGAGAAAAUGAUAUCAUAUAAAAUGCUCAGUUAAAACCACAAAAGGUAGAAAAAGCAUGGAAGACAAAAACUAGGAACAAAGAACAGGGGUAACAAAUGAAUAUGAAGAACAGCCCUUUCAGAACCACAAAUCUAUUUCAUUUGUAACAACAAAGCUUGUGUAAGUGAACAUAAGCGAGGCCACCUUGUUAAUGCUACAUGGCCCCAGCCCCUCCCUCUGCGUGACUGCUCAGUGCUCUGCAAGUACUCUGAAAAAAUUCACAUGCUUUCCUGAUUUAUGGGCUCUGCUUAUGUAUUUACUCCCUGAUAGCUUGAUAAAUUAAAACUUUGUUCUAUGAGUUUCUCUCUGGGAACAGGCUGACCACACGCGGGAAACACACCUAGGAGAUAUCCAUCACAGCUUAGAAAAGAAUGGAACAACGCGAUACCUUGAGCUCAUCACAGCUGAAGACCAACAUGCCUGGACCCCCUCGUCACUGCCCAUUUUCCCUACCUACCUACCUUAAUAUCCUGUCUAUGGUUGGAGGUACUUCAUAUACUAUUUAAAUAUCUUUCCUGUCACCUGUUGUGUGCUGAGUUGUUCUUGUCCAGUACUAGCCACUGACCUGUCCUGUCCCUCCCUUAUGAUUUGGGCCUUCCAGGCCCAAUGUACUGGUCAGCUGUGGCUAGGAGAAGAGUCCUCUGUGCUUCACAGGAUGGACAUGACUCCAGUCUCAACAAGAUGGGCUCACAGGGGGCGUGACCCAGGUUGUUGUGUAGUGGAAGAUGGAGAUGCACCUUCUGAACAGAGCCUUUCUGUACAAGGAGAGUCACAGGUCGGGACUCUUAGGGCAGGCUCAUCUCCCCGGAAGUCCCAACCCUUUGAGAUGGGUGUCCUGAUCUUCAGAGAAGUUUUGCCCUUGGCUGAGCACCAGGGAACAUAUCUUGGGCAGGAAACAUACACAUGUCAGAAACAAUUCUAUCUCACUGCCAACCUUCAACAGGGGCAGCACAUUAUAGAGAAACCCUUCAGAAGGUAUGUGGACAGAGCCUCGUUUAUGAAGGACUGCACAGUCCCUGCAUCAGGGAAGUCCCUUACAUGUGAGGAGAUUGGGAAGGACUUUUUAGCCAGCAUGGAAUUUAUCCGUCAGUAUCUCACUCACACUGGGGAGAAGCCAAACAGUAGUGAGUGUGAGGCUGUGUUUCGCAGUCGAAAAAGUCAUCACAACUGGGGAGAAUGCAAGACAGCCUUCAGCUGCACGGACACACUUGUUCAGGACCAGAGAGUCCUUGCUGGAGACGGGCUUUAUGAGUGCGACAAAUGUGGAAAAGCCUGUACCCAAAGAUGUAACCUCAUUCAGCACCAGAAAGUUCACAGUGGGGAAAGACCGUAUGAGUGCAGUGAAUGUGGAAAAUUCUUUACUUACUACUCCAGCUUCAUUAUACAUCAGAGAGUUCACACUGGGGAAAGGCCUUAUGAGUGUAGUGAAUGUGGGAAAUCCUUUAGUCAAAGCUCCAGCCUCAUUCACCACAGGAGACUACAUACUGGAGAAAGACCUUAUGAGUGCAGUAAACGUGGGAAAUCCUUUAAGCAGAGCUCUAGCUUCAGUUCACAUCGGAAAGUCCAUACAGGAGAAAGGCAUUAUGAGUGUGGAGAUUGUGGCAAAUCCUUUAGCCAUAGCUCUAACCUCAGAACUGGAGAGUUCACACUGGAGAAAGACCUAUUGAGUGCAGUGAAUGUAGGAAAUCCUUUAGCUGCAAAUCUGACCUCAUUCAACACCAGAGACUUCACACUGGAGAAAAGCCUUCCAUGUACAGAGGAUGUACAAUUUCCUAAUAUAAUUACACUGGAAGAGAGAACUUGUGAGGGAGCCAUCUUCCUGAAUUAAAGCCAAUGCUUAAACAAUCCACAGUGGAGAGAUUCUCCUUAAGUUCCAGUUAUGUGGGAAUCUUUAAGGAGCUGUGUUAUACUUUCUAACCUGCCCAGGGCCCUUGCCAGGUUUAUGUCACUGCCAGUUUCUGUGGAAGACUUCAUUGCACUUUUGCCACCUGCCGGGUCCACACAGUGUGCAUCGGUUAUCACCCCAGUGGGCUUAGGGAAGCUGACCUCUAUCUCCUCCCCACUUGCUGGAGGAAAUCUUGAAUUCUGCUGCUUGUCAAUAAGGACCACAUUUUCAAGGACAACAUGUCUGUUUCAUGUGACACUUAUCUUGGAUUUUCCCAGCCCCCAAGUGGACAACCUGGGAGCUGCCUGCCUUGUGUUGCUUUGUUUUUGCAAUAAUAAAGGCGUUAUUUUUUAAGCCACCUUUGAUCUUAGGGUUCUGUUCACUGCAUGAGGUGAUUUGGAAACAGUUGGGCUCGGCCAGCAUUAAGGAGUGAACAGCUUUUGUGGGGCUCCAAUGCUUUGUGUGUCUGAGAGAGAGCAGUAUGAUGGAAGAAUAUACCUCUCUUUUCAAUUUUGGCCUAAUUUACAUUGUUUCUCAAGAUCUCCUAGGAAAAACUGUAGGGUUUUGGGGUCCUAAUUUGUGGACUGGGUGUCAGGAUUUUUUGUGAGCUCAGAGAACAACCUGAAGAGCAGGAAGUUGUGACAACCUCCAGUGCUUCUGGGAACAGCAUGAAUUAUUUUCUUGUUCACACUGGGCAUUAUAUAAUACUCAGCAAUGUUGAGGGGAGUCUCUACCCCAGGUCCUACAAAGGAGCCAUGUGUCCUGAUGCUCCAAAUUCACUAGGCUAGGGUCACUGUAAGACUACAGGGCCCUGGGGGAACCAUAAUUGGUACAGUAACACUGGAGUGGAGGAGACUGCAGUAAAUGGAAUGUGCCCCUCCUAAAGUUGUUCAAAAAAUACUCCAGUGACUGUGACUGUGAAGGAACAGUGUUCACAGAAGUUCUCAGGACCUCCAAGCGUAUGUAUGUUUUGUAAUUGAGAUAAUUGUCAAAGAAAAUAAAGCUAUUGGUUUUGUGGAUUCUCUUAGACUUUCUGGGGUAUUCACCAAAAGGCCAUUGCUACACAGGCCAUAGAUUGAAGUGAGAUCCCUUAGUCCAGUGAUGUGGCUCUGUGACCUAGCCAGCAUUCCUGUUGACCCAGGUGGAAACAAACUUCAUUGCUCAUCAAUAUUUGCUACCACUAAGACAAGGCUGCUCCUCCAAGGCAUUAGGAAAGAGAGUCAAUAUAGGAUUGCCAAACCUGAUUUUCUGAAAAGAGUAGGAGAUCUAGAUUUUUCUUUUGAACCAUUUUAUAAAGCUUUUUUCAGGUAUAGUUGACAUGCAAUAUACUGCACCUAUUUGAAGUGUACAAUUUGUUUAAUUUUGACAUACAUAUAUAAGCCCAUGAAACCUCUUCCUAAUCAUGAUAAUGAACAUUUCCAUCACCCCUAAUUUAACCUCAUGCCAUUUUAUAAACUGUCCUUCUCCUCUGCAGACCUCUAGGCAAUCAUUGAUUUACCUUCAUUUGUAAUAGAUUAGUUUGUGUUUUCUAGAAUUUUAUGUGAUUUGAUUCAUAAAAUAUUUAUUUUUUUUCUGGUUCCACUCAUGGUUUUAUGUAUUUUGAGAUUCUUCAAUGAUGUUUAUAUGACUAGUUCAUUCUUUUUGUUUUGAGUAGUAUCUUUUCUACAGAGAUACCAUUUGUUUAUCCAAUCGCAUGUCUAUGGGCAUUUGGAUAACUUCCAGUUUUGGCUAUUGAAAAUGGAGCUGCUGGAACAUUUGUGUAUGAUACUCUUUAUGUAUGUAUGUAUGUAUGUAUGUAUGUUUCACCUCUCUUGUGUUAGUAACUCAAAGUACAAUGCUUGAGUCAUAGGAUAGGUGAAUGUUCAGGUUAUUAAGAAACUUCUGAACUGUGAUCUAAAAUGGUUCUUCACUUUUGCGUACCCACGAGAAGUGUGUGAGAGUUCCAGUUCUUCCACAUCCUUGGUAAUUCUUGUUAUGGUCAGUUAUUUGAAUUUACCCUUUUAAUAAGCAAGCAGUAGUUUUGAUUGCCUUUCCAUAAGGAUUCAUGAUUUGAGUAUUUUUUUCAUGUGUUUAUUUGCCAUCUGUACAUCUUUUUUGGUAAAAUAUAUGUUCAUAUCUUUUGCCUGUUUUCUUUUAUAUGAAUUGUGGCUCUUUCCCUUUUAACAAAUAAACAGCUCAUUUUUGUUUCUCAAUUUUAUUUGUGCUAGGCACAAUGUAAUGACCACAUAUAUCAUACACUUUUAAGUUUAAUCUGCAAAAUUCACAUAUUCUAAAGUCUAGACUUUCAAGAAUAGAAUUAAUUAAAUCCUGGUUUGUAUUGUUUGCCAAUUUCCCCGGUGUAAAUACUCCCACCAUGGCUGUUUUCUAACUGCCAACAUGAUAUUACUGAACAUGGAGUUGGGAAGAGUUGCCAGAAGCACACAGUUUUAUUUCCACCAUACUGCUUCUAUAGCUGCAAAUAACCUUGAGAACAUAAAUGAUAAUAAAACAAAGUAAAAGGAUUAUGAAUGACAA